GCUGAUUCGAUUUGCGGUCGCAAGUUCAUUCAAUCCCCCCCCCACUACUCCGGUGCGACACCAAAGUGGGACGCGUCUGUUUACCUCCGCCUCCGCCUCCGCCCUCCGUCCUCCGCACCUGGCGCCCCUCCACCCUUCUCUAUUUGCUGAUCCCAUGCUCCACGACCGUACUUUGACGAGAAACGAUUCGAUACUGUGACUCUAUCCCCAGAUAAGUCGCCAUGGAGAAAUUCUUGCGCUCCUGGCGACAGGAUGCGUUGAACCGCGGCCAGCAUGACUCGGCCAUCUACAUUGGUGACAAGGUCCUAGCCUUGACGAAUAGUGAUUCCGACGCCUUCUGGCUCGCCCAAGUCCAUUUCUCCAACAACAAUUACACGCGCGCGUUGGCUCUGCUGUCGCGCAAAGACCUGAUCUCGAGAAGCACCGCAUGUCGAUACCUCGCCGCCCACUGCUACAUCAAACAGAACCAGUUCGAACAAGCGCUUUCUAUCCUCGGCGACCAUAACCCCACCCACCUCAUCCGCACCAGCAACAACGGACACAGUCGGCGCAAGCUGCAGCACCUGAACGGACAGAGCCACGUCACGCUGCGCAACGGGAAGACGGCUACUUCGCGCAUGGAUCGGGCUGAGGCCGAACGCGAGGACGCGAGUCAGAUUCGCUUCGAGGCGGCUAUGUGUUAUCUGCGGGGCCUGUGUUUCGCGAAGCAGAAUGCGUUUGAUCGCGCGCGCGAUUGCUACAAGGAUGCGGUGCGCAUCGACGUGCAGUGCUUUGAGGCGUUUGACCAGCUGAUGAAGAACUCGCUUAUGUCACCCGCGGAAGAGCUGGAGUUUUUGGAGUCGCUGGAUUUCGACGCCAUCACUGCGUCGGAUCCGUCCGUGGCGCAGGAGGCGGCUCACUUUACGAAGAUGCUGUACACGACGCGGCUGUCGAAGUACUCUUCUCCGGCAAUUCUGUCGGACGCUACUGAGACGCUGUCGACGCAUUAUAAUUUGGCGGAGAAUCCGGAUAUUCUGCUGUCGAGGGCUGAGGCUAUGUAUACGCAAUGUCGGUUUGCGGAGGCGCUGGAACUGACCUCGUCUAUUUUGUCGGCGGCGCAGCCGUCGUCGACUUCUCUGUCGGCUGCUACUACGCCGUAUAACCCAGCGCAGAACCAUCUGGGACAUCCCCCGGCUGUGUAUCCGUUACACCUCGCUUGUCUGUAUGAGACAGGUGCUACGAAUGCGCUAUUCCUGCUAUCUCACACCCUGGCCGAUCAUGCGCCGGAGGAACCGUAUACCUAUCUCGCAAUUGGAGUCUACUACCUGUCCGUGUCUAAGAUUGCUGAAGCACGGCGGUUCUUUUCCAAAGCGUCUCUGUUAGACCCACACUCGGCCGCGGCGUGGAUUGGAUUCGCGCACACAUUCGCCGCCGAGGGGGAGCACGAUCAAGCCAUUGCGGCGUACAGCACUGCCGCUCGGCUAUUCCAGGGCAGUCACCUGCCGCAGCUCUUCCUCGGGAUGCAGCAUCUCGCUUUGAACAACAUGUCCCUGGCUCAUGAGUAUCUCUGCGCGGCUUAUUCCAUGUCGACCGGCGCCACAUCUGGCGCGGUGCUCUCCAUCCCCACGAACCCUUCAGGCGAGCUAUCCCAGUUGGGCGGGGAUCCCCUUGUACUCAACGAAUUCGGCGUGGUCCUAUACCACCAGAACCAUCUCGAGGAUUCCGUAGUCCUCUUCCGCCAAGCACUCUCACUGGCGGGCUCCCUGAACUGCGAGCCCGGCGCCUGGGUCGCGACACGGGCCAACAUGGGACAUGCGCUGCGCCGCAUCGGUCGACUGACAGAGGCCUUAGUAGAAUUCGACGAGUGUCUCCGCAUCGGCGCCGCCGGGGCCAGCUUCGGGUAUAGCCCCUUCCUCGGCGGCAGUGGCGGCAACGCAGCAGGGAUGGCGUCCACCGGCGUCGGCGGCUACGAAGACCGCGGUCUGAUCGGGUCUCUGCACAGCGCACGCGGUAUCAUCCUUCUAGAGCUGAACCGCACCAUGGAAGCCGUCACGGCGCUACACGAGGCUGUCCGCGUACUAGGCGCCAGCGGAGGCGGCGACGCCGCCGGCGGGGCCGGAAUCGCCGGCACGCUGCUGACGCGGGCGUUGGAGAUCUGGUCAGACGAGGGGUACGACGCAGACGAAGCCCAGGCCGAGGAAUCCGCCGCCCGCAGCUCCAACCGGUCCUCCCGCGACAAGGGCAAGAGCAAGGUAUCGUCCCGCCGACGGGUCCCUGCCGAGGAGUCCUACCCCGACGAGUGGACCGACGAAGUCACGCAUGUCGAUUCCCAGCAAGGCGACGCUAUCGGCGCGGGGCCCUUCGACGAGAAGGUCGAGAUGGAGCUCGACGAGGACGCAGACGUCCUGAUUAAUCAGGCGAUGAGGCGUGUGAAGGGUACGAAGACUCGUCGUCGGCUGGAGUUCAGCCCUGAUGUAGUCGAUGUUUCUUCUUCUGUGCAUGAGACGCCUGUUGCUGAUGAUCACUAUGAUGGCGGUGGUGGUGGUGGGGGGCAUCGGCGUCGGGGAUCGCGGAAUAUUCGGAGUGCGAGGCAGUGAUACCAUGCGCCCUUUUUUCCUCUUUCCUUUUCUCACUCUUUUGUUUUGUCUUCUUUUGUUCUGUUUCCCCUUAUGACUGGCUGCGUUAUAGCUGGCGUUGGGUAUUCCUGAUUAGGCUCUAUAUCUGGCUUAUGCUCUCUCUCUCUCUCUCCCCCCUGUUUUGAGUCAUGCCAUGGCAUGGUCUGGCAUCGCAUGGCAUUGGUAUUGAUAUCGUCUACGGGCAGAUGGAGUGAUGGUUCUCUCUUGCAUGGUGAAUGGCGAUGGUGACUGGCGUCUUGUUAUCUUGUCUUGGUUUGGUAGGUUCGUCUGGUCAUGCAUGGCAUUUGGUUGCGUGGAUAGAUAGGUUUUUGUUUCUGGGGGAGGCUGGUAUGGUUAGUUAGGAGGAUAGUUCUAAU